AUGGCCAACGCCUCGGAGAUUCUACAGACCAUUUAUAUUGGUGCAGUCGUUGCAACUUUCCUUUUAAACACUGGACGUAUUAUAAAAGCAGUAGACAUCUUUAACGAAUGUUUGGCAGUCCUUAACGGUAAAGCCCGAGAGACAAUCAAAGAACUUACCACACCACUUGUUAUCGAUGUAUACCAUCAACUUUUUGAUGGCUAUACUCUUAUGCACGAUCACACCAGAGCGAUAGAAUGUGGUAAAAAGCUUCACGAGACACUACGCAAUAGUGGCCAAAAAGAGGAAGAAGGGUUAAUAUUGUUUAAACUAGCUAGCAUCUACUAUCAAAGAGGCAAAUACGAGGAAGCAAAGCAGUUUUACGAGAAGGAACUCAGCAUCUUGAUUGAGACUGGAAACAGUACCAUAGUUGGAAUAUGUUACGGAAAUCUAGGAACUGUGUUUCUUUCUGUUGGUCAAUACACCAAGGCAGAAGAAUACCUUCAAAAAGCACUAGCGAUAAGCAAAGAAAUCGGUGACAAAAAAGAAGAAGCUACAAGUUACGGAAAUCUAGGAGCUGUAUUCCAAUCUGUUAGUCAAUAUAGCAAGGCUGAAGAAUAUCUUCAGAAAGCACUAGUGAUCAGGAAAGAAAUCGGUGACAAAGAAGGAGAAGCAUCAGAUUACGGAAAUCUCGGAGUUGUGUUCCAAUCUGUAGGUCAAUAUAUCAAGGCUGAAAAAUACCUUCUAAAAGCACUAGUGAUCAGAAAAGAAAUCGGUGACAAACAAGGAGAAGCUGCAGAUUACGUAAACUUAGGAACUGUGUUUAAAUCUGUUGGUCAAUAUACCAAGGCUGAAGAAUACCUUCAGAAAGCACUAGUGAUCAGGAAAGAAAUCGGUGACAAGAAAGGAGAAGCAUCAGUUUAUGGAAAUUUAGGAAUUGUGUUACAAUCUGUUAGUCAAUAUACCAAGGCUGAAGAAUACCUUCAAAAAGCACUAGUGAUCAGAAAAGAAAUCGGUGACAAACAAGGAGAAGCUGCAGAUUACGGAAACCUAGGAACUGUGUUUCUUUCUGUUUGUCAAUAUACCAAGGCUGAAGAAUAUCUUCAGAAAGCACUAGUGAUCAGGAAAGAAAUCGGUGACAAGAAAGGAGAAGCAUCAGAUUACGGAAAUCUCGGAGUUGUGUUCCAAUCUGUAGGUCAAUAUAUCAAGGCUGAAAAAUACCUUCUAAAAGCACUAGUGAUCAGAAAAGAAAUCGGUGACAAACAAGGAGAAGCUGCAGAUUACGUAAACUUAGGAACUGUGUUUAAAUCUGUUGGUCAAUAUACCAAGGCUGAAGAAUACCUUCAGAAAGCACUAGUGAUCAGCAAAGAAAUCGGUGACAAAAAAGUAGAAGCAGCAGCGUACGGAAAUCUAGGAACUGUGUUUAAAUAUGUUGGUCAAUAUACCAAGGCUGAAGAAUACCAUCUAAAAGCACUAGUGAUCAGCAAAGAAAUCGGUGACAAGAAAGGAGAAGCAUCAGUUUAUGGAAAUUUAGGAAUUGUGUUACGAUCUGUUAGUCAAUAUACCAAGGCUGAAGAAUACCUUCAAAAAGCACUAGUGAUCAGAAAAGAAAUCGGUGACAAACGAGGAGAAGCUGCAGAUUACGGAAACCUAGGAACUGUGUUUCUUUCUUUUGGUCAAUAUACCAAGGCUGAAGGAUAUCUUCAGAAAGCACUAGUGAUCAGGAAAGAAAUCGGUGACAAAGAAGGAGAAGCAACAGAUUACGGAAAUCUCGGAGUUGUGUUCCAAUCUGUAGGUCAAUAUAUCAAGGCUGAAAAAUACCUUCUAAAAGCACUAGUGAUCAGGAAAGAAAUCGGUGACAAACAAGGAGAAGCUGCAGAUUACAGAAAUCUAGGAACUGUGUUGAAAUCUGUUGGUCAAUAUACCAAGGCUGAAGAAUACCUUCGAAAAGCACUAGUGAUAAGCAAAGAAAUCGGUGACACAAACGGAGUAGCUGCAGAUUACGGAAAACUAGGAGCUGUAUUCGAAUCUGUUGGUCAAUAUACCAAGGCUGAAGAAUACCUUCAAAAAGCAAUAGUGAUCAGGAAAGAAAUCGGUGACAAACAAGGAGAAGCAUCUGCUUACGCAAAUCUAGGAACUGUGUUGAAAUCUGUUGGCCAAUAUACCAAGGCUGAAGAAUACCUUCGAAAAGCACUAGUGGUCAGCAAAGAAAUCGGUGACAAACAAGGAGAAGCAUCAGCUUACGGAAAUCUAGGAACUGUGUUCCAAUCUGUUGGUCAAUAUACCAAAGCUGAAGAAUACUUUCAAAAAGCACUAGUGAUCAGGAAAGAAAUCGGUGAGAAAGACGGAGAAGCUGCAGAUUAUGGAAAUCUAGCGACUGUGUUUCUUUCUGUUGGUCAAUAUGCCAAGGCUGAAGAAUACCUUCAAAAAGCACUAGUGAUCAGAAAAGAAAUCGGUGACAAACAAGGAGAAGCAACAAUUUACGGAAAUCUAGGAGCUUUUUUCCGAUCUGUUGGUCAAUAUACCAAGGCUGAAGAACACCUCCAAAAAGCACUAGUGAUCACGAAAGAAAUCGGUGACAAAAAAGGAGAAGCAUCAGGUUACGGAAAUCUUGGAACUGUGUUUCUUUCUGUUGGUCAAUAUACUAAGGCAGAAGCAUACCUUCAAAAAGCACUCACGAUCAAAGAAGAAAUCGGUGACAAAGCUGGUGUCGGAAAUUCAUACUUAAAUCUGGGAAACGUUUGUCGAAAACUUCAACUUAAUGCGAAGAGUCAAGAAUUUGCUAAUAAAGCACUUGAGAUAAGUUACGAAAUAGGGGACAUUGAAAUGCAGUUCAACAGCCACCUUUCCAUUGCUCUUAACGUGUUAAUGGCAGGAGGAAGCAUAACUGAACUUAUGCGAAAUCUGUAUGAAAGCAUUCAGAAGUGCGAAGAAAUGCAUGAUUUUUUAAGAGCGAAAGAUCAAUUCAAAAUUUCUUUUUUUGAUAAGCAUGUGUCCCCUUACCUUCUUCUUUGUAGGUUGUUGAUUGUUACAGGCAGUUAUUAUGAAGCUCUUUACGUUACCGAGCUUGGACGGUCCAGAGCACUGACAGACGUACUGUCAGAUAAGUACUCUGUGGAAAAAGAGGUAUCAGUCAACCCACAGUCAUGGAUUGGUAUUGAGAACAUCAUGAACAAAAAUGCACUUAGUUCUUGUCUUUAUGUUUCCUGCUUCGGUCAUGAUAUGUACUUUUGGAUCCUCAAGCCAAACAGAAUUAUAGUUUUUCGACAAACGGGACUUAAAGAUAGUGCACAUAAAGUGUUUAGAAAUCACACAUUUGGUGGCUCUCUUGAUUUACAUAAAGACCAAUGCGAAGAUCGAUCAUUGUUUUCAUGUGUAAGUCCCCCGCCAUCAUGCAAACCAUCGCAGAGUGACAGCUUCGAAUCUUUGCGUCUUAUAGAAGAAGAGGAAGACGAAAAUCACGACUCUAAACCUUUAACCCUUGCUGAUGGUUACAACAUGAUAGUCGCUCCUGUAGCUGACUUACUCCAAGAAUCAGAAAUCAUUAUUGUACCGGAUAACUUGUUGUAUCCAAUUCCUUUUGCUGCUUUAAUGGAUGAUAAUGGAAAGUAUUUAUCGGAUACUUUCAGGAUUCGUAUUGUCCCUUCCUUGACGACUCUUAAGUUGAUUCAGCUUAGUCCAGAAGACUACCAUAGUAAAACCGGUGCACUGAUCGUGGGAGAGCCAGAGAUUAGUGAUGUAUACUACCAAAAAAAACGUCUACAGUUAGACCCAUUGCCUUGGGCGAGAAAGGAAGCAGAGAUGAUUGGGAGACUGCUCGGUGUUCAACCGUUGCUUGGAAGGGAUGCAACUAAGCAGGCAGUCCUGAGAAGCAUGCAUUCAGUAAGUCUCAUUCACUUCGCUGCUCAUGGUUAUGCCGAACGUGGAGAAAUAGCUCUCUCCCCUGUAAGCUCCUUCGGAACUCCACACGAAGAAGACUACUUAUUAACGAUGGCUGAAAUUUCACAGGUUCGACUAACGGCCAAGCUGGUUGUCCUUAGCUGCUGUCAUAGUGCAAGUGGUCAGAUAAGGGCUGAGGGAAUUGUUGGAAUCGCUCGUGCAUUUCUAGCAUCGGGUGCACGCGCCGUGUUGGCGGCACUGUGGGCUGUAGAGGACGAAGCUACUAUGUGGUUUAUGAAUCAUUUUUACGAGCACCUUGUUCAUGGUGAAAGUGCUAGUGAAUCUCUUUACCAGGCCAUGAAAUCGAUGAGAGAGAAUCGCUUUUCUGACGUCAAGCAGUGGGCACCCUUUAUGCUGAUUGGAGAUGAUGUAACAUUCAAAGGUUUGUAUUUGAUAUAAUUUUUAGGUUUUUCUAGCUGUUUUUAGUCAAAAUAUGUGAAAUUAAUGUUCGUGACAACGCAUUAUUUUGAAAAAUAGUAUUAAAUAAAAGGAGUUAUACUGAGUUUUGUUAGUUUCUUUAUUGCUGUUUUUUUCUUGUUUUUUUUUUUCCAACCCUGUUCAUGAAAGUGAGGCAACCGGAGAGAAGGGUGAAUUUUAUUUUCCGAUUUUCAUGGAAUAUUUCGUAAAGCAUACAUGCUCUGAACUAAAAUAACUAACUAAAAUGAAAAUGUAGAAAACGAUAGUUAAGAUUCCAAAGAGCAUACAAAAACAAUUUAAGUCAUAGAUAAGAGAAGUAAGUGGCUGUCAAACAAACGUCUUCUUAGGGUUGUACCUGAUGAAAGAAAAAAACGUCUACUAUUCCAAUACGACUUUACUGAAUUUUUAGCAUAUAAAUAAUUUCCUCAAAGUGUAAAGGUUUGCUAUUUGUUUGACUUUGAAAAGAAUCUGUGUUAGACAUAUUAUAGGUAAAACAUUUAGUGCAACGAGAAAACAGAAGCAAGAAUGAGAAUUCUUUCGAAUGGGAACCGUGAUGAUUAUUUUUUCUAUUUGCAGGUGCAUUUGAUAAGAGCAGUUCGAAAGAUGGCGAAGGUGCAACGGAAACAAAGAGCUUGCAAACUGAGACGAAACAUGUCGUUUAAGUUGACAACUACUGUCACAGCUGUACAUAAAUGUAUAUACCACGGAUCUCAAUGAAGUAGUCUUGUCUGAGACCCGCGAAAAAAACAGGUGACAAUUGUACUUUUUAAAGCAGGCGCCAUUUUGAUACGUUACAGGCGAAGGUGAAGCAUGAGCUAAGCGCGGAGCAAAAACGGGGGGUGACAGCUAUAACAAGCACUGUUUCGGGAGAAAAACAAAUAUAUUCCGGGAAUCUGGAGAUUUUGCCGGGAAUCGGGAAACCUGGGAAAUUUUGCGGGAAAUAUGAGAUAUUUUCGGGACAUUGAGCAAAGAUUUGAUAUUACAUGUUAUCAAACAAUAUAUGUACAGUGAUAUGCACCCAGUGUAUGCGCUUGAAAACGGCUGAACUCCCCAUGAUAUGAAAAGACCAAUCAGCAACGUUUCCAACUAAAAUAGCAUGAGGUUCGAGUGGGAUUGACCUCGUGCAAUCCCCAGCGGAUUGACACAAUAACCGUACCAGUGCAAGGCACAUACUAUCAGUUCACACCAGAUCCCAUCAUUCAUUAGUUCCGGGGUAUUUUUACGCUGCACGUUAACGAGUUUUAAGAGCACAUUCCACUGAUUGCAUACUGGAAAACUUGAAAGAAGUACGUAAGAAGUAUGUAAGAAAAAAACGAAACUCAUUUAACCUUGUUAAGCACAAAUGAGGCCAUCAAAAGUUGUAUGUCUGUGAAGACUCUUUAAUCAUCCUGAUCUCGUCGGGGUCCUUCCGAUUUUGCUCGAAAAUCCCGAAUCCCGAUCAAUAUGCGUUCGGGAUAGGAAAAUUUCAGAUUUCGACAGUUGUUCUGAAAUUUUCAAAUGAAUUCUUAUGAUAUUCAUACAAUGAGACCACACAGAGUGUACUUAGCUGAAAGUGAUAUCCAGAGCAAUUUCAAAAACCGCACAACUUGUAUAAAAUAAAAUUAACUACUUCUACGCGAAGUCACGCCAAUAAAAAUAAGCAUAAAAAGGACAAUUGACUUCGAGAAUAUUUUGGACAGAAUUUGUCCUCUCAGAACACUAGAAAUGGCGUUUCAGAGGGACCAAGAUUUCAAAAUUUUCUGGGGGAGCAUGCCCCCAGACCCCCCUAGAGGGAUUGCCCCCUUCACUGCUCGCCUGAUUCAUCGGUGAUUAAAAAACAAAAAACACGAUUUUAUAUACUCAGAAAGUUUGAC